AUGCAGGUCGACGGGCUGAUGAGUAAGCUUGCCAUCGAGCGAAGAGUCCAAUAUGGGGCCGAGAAGAUGCUGGACGUGAUUGAGCAGAGAGGAGAUUCUGGCGGGGACGGGCAGGAACAGAUCAAGGACCGAAUCACAGCGCAGCUAGAAGCAGCCAAUCUCCAGAUCAAGCAUCUUGAGAUGCGGCUCGAGAAGGUCCGAGGUGCAACGCCAAACAAAUCCCGCCGCCGACCUCCCGCUCGUCUGAACGGCUUCGCCUCGAGCUCAUCUCUCGGCCCGCCCUUGUCCAAAUCCAUGUCAUCCUCCCUUCUCUCUGGUCCGUCACGCCCGCGGAUGGGCCGGAAAGGCUCCAGCCUUACCCCCGACAGGGGCGGCGGCUCGCAAUACAGCUCCGGACCCGGUACGCCCUCCCGGAACGGCGGUGGGCCCAGCUCGCCCUCCGUGAACAGCUCCCCCGGAAUGAGGCGCACAGGCAGCACAGGCCAGGAGAGCAUUAUGACGGGUAUAUCGGACAUGGGACGAUCUGAAAUUGAUAUACUCCGAGGGGACAUCUACCAGGACGACCAGAAUAUGGGAGUGCUAGUGGAGACGAUAUCGGUGACCUUGAGGCGGCUGAGGGAGAUGACAAGGCGCUCGGGGAGAGGGAAAGGGAAGGAAGUGGAAAGAGGGGAUGAGCCAUGGAAUUGCUUGACUCGCGUGGCGGAUAUGCUCAAGAAGUCUCCAGGACUGAGAGACAAUAUCAGCUUUACAGAGUUGGUUCAGAGCAUCAUGCCCUAUCUAUGCGACUCGUCCUCCCCAAGACGGCGCUCAGCUGGCUACCGCGCUCUCCGAUACGCCCUGAAUCGGACUUCAUGGGGCGUCAUGCUCGACUCAGGCCUCGAAUGGCCGCUCACCCGCACCUUCACUCGAGAUGCCAAAGCCGUCAUCGAGCGAGAACAUGCGCUUCGCCUCCUUCGCGCCGUGAUGAUGCUACCUCACGAACGCCCUCGCCUCAACUCUCGGGUCAGUAGCCGCGACUCGCCAUCCCGCCGUUCUCCGAUGUCACCUCGGAAAGCGGCGGAUAGGGAGCCGAGUGCUGUGGAUGUCCUUCUGCAGAAGAGGGUGCCUCUGUCCGGAGGGAUGAUACGUGCCAUCGUAUCCGUAGCGGAGAACCCGGAUGAUGCGCUGCGGACGGUGUGUAUGGAGACUCUGAUCGAGAUCGCUAUAUUGGAUCUGGACCGCAUCAUCCAGGCCGACGCGUUCCGGACGAUCCUCCUCGCGCUCAAAGACGGCCCGGCCGAGCUUGGCCCAGCUAUCACCGGCAUGCUCAUUCUACUCGCCAAUAGCCCGGAGACGCGUGAGCGGAUGGUUCCUGGAUCUGACGUUGAGCUCGUUCUCGCCGGUCUGACGGAGGAGUACGGGACACAUUCUAAGAACCCCACAAAGUAUCUCGAGCGCCUACAGGGUAACGUGCGGGAUGUGGGUAUGAUAAUGAGCUCCUGGCCAGGUUUAUUGUACCUGUGCAUGGACGACUGUCGGGCUAUCAAGAGUCUGAUCAAUUCGCUCUAUGUGCCAGUAACGGAACUACGGGAAUCUCUGACAGAUCUGAUCUUUUCGGUCUUGCGUAUCAAAUUGCCGACUUUCACUGAAGCCUUUCUUGAGGGCAAGCGCUUGACUGUGUACAAUCGAACUCAGCAGGCUACGUCGCAGACCUUACACGAUGUCUUAGAAGAGGAGGACGGGCCGCCAGCGCUCAACAUGGUGGAUCACUUUGUCGCCUUCACUCUGGCCGUUCUACUCGAAGCUGGCUUGAUGCCCGCGCUGACCACCCUCAUCGAAGAGAACACGCCUCUUUCCCGUAAAGCCACCCUCCUGCUCGGUGAAGUACUUCGCCUCGCCAACCGGAUCCUCCCCCUUCAAUACGCCGCGCAGCUCCAGUCACUCCCGCGCUUCUUCAACGGCGCUACCGCGUUUGGGAACGCAGGACAACGCAAUUUCGCCUUGACGGCCCUGUCGUCCAUCGAUAGUCUGAACCGUAAUCAGAGUCGGGCAAGGCAGGCUGUACCCCGAGAACGAGCCGGAUCGACCUCGGACAUUCGAGAUCCCGUCCAGAGGGGUCAGCGGAGCGUGAAUGCUAGCAAGCUCAAGGCCAACAUGAACAUCGAGGAUAAGCAGUUUCAGCAGAUGGUCGUUGAUUCCGGAGUGCUUCUAGGCCGAGAUCACACCAAGUGGAACUACGAUGUCAUUGUCGAAUUGAUCGAAGGACCACUGCUCAACCCUAAACGCCUGGACGAGGCUAUUAGAGCAACAAAGUUCAUUCGGCGGCUGUUCUCCUUUCUGCACCCCUACAACAAUCGUUUCUCCAGCAUCAAGAAGACGAGGCCGAGCCAUAAAUGGGUCCGCUUGGGCUGUACUCUGCUCUCGACGAUGCUCAUGUGUCCCGAGGGUGUCAAGUUCCUGGCGGAUGACAAGCUGCUCAAGGAGCUAAGCCAGUCCGUCGUCGAGAUUGAAGCGAAUCCAAACCGUAUCCGAGCCAUCUUUUCGGCGGAUCGAGUGGAGAACUCGCUCUCAUACGGGUAUUUUGAGAUGCUGGGUGUCCUGAGCAAGCACGAAGAGGGCAUCAAGCUGCUGGAGAAGUUCCGCUUCUUCAAUUCGUUUUACCACCUCCUGGAGCUGAAGAAGCGGGAUGACCUCGUUCAACUGAUCAUCGAGAAUCUAGACUAUACAUCUGACUCGCACGGCCGCAUCUUGAUGUCCAAAGCCUUGACCUCUGCCGCUCAGGAAACUCGCCUCUUCGCAACUCAUCAUCUCGGACGACUUUUGCACGACCAGCCGAUCCUGCAAGACUGGGCGCUGCAGCUGUUGAUCACCCAGCUAUACGAUACCGCCAUGGAGGUAUGCGACGUCGCGGUCAUGUAUCUCGAGGAAGCGGGGUCGGACGCGGCGGCGCUGGAGAAGGUGGUUUCGUACCAGCCUUGUCUGGAGCAUUUGGACGAUGUGGGCUAUCCGCUGUUCAUGCGCUUCGUCUCUACCUCGAUCGGAUUUGCGUAUCUGCACCGAGCAAGAUAUAUCGAUCAAGAGCUCGAGAACUGGGUGACGGAGCGGAACCUUCAAUAUGUCAUCGAAGUCGAGACCUUUGUCACGCGGACCAUCCGGCCGUUCACCAGCGACACCGUCGAGGAGUACUGGCUCACGAGUGGUAUGGCGCCUACCCAUUUCUUUGGCGAGCUCACCAAGACGCCCGAGGGUUGUCGAUAUCUGCGCGAAAAGGAUCUGGUGGCGGAAUUAGCGGAGAUCGUUCGGCUGCACGGGAUGGAGAGCGUUGAUCAGGUCGUGAUGACGAAUGUCAAGAGCGUUCUCUGGGCCUUGGGUCAUCUUGGCUCGAAUCCUGGCGGACUGCCCUUCUUGGAGGAUGAGGAGAUUAUCGAGGUGAUCAUUGAAAUUGCUGAGCAGUCUCCUGUCUUGACCAUGAAGGGGACCUGCUUCUACGUCCUCGGCCUUAUCUCCACUUCUGUCAUGGGCGCGGAGAUACUGGAAGAGUAUGGCUGGGUGUCGACUCGUACGCCUCUGGGCAAACCGACGGGGAUUUGCCUCCCCAGCGAUAUCGCCCGCUUUGCUUUUAUUGAGCCAUGGACGCGACCAUCGGUGUCUACUUCUUUGACGCCGCUACCCAAGCUCGCAGGGCUGGAGGAGGAGAUUAUGACGUGUAUCGCCAAGCUGAGCAACUUUGUUCUCGCCGCAAAAGCCAUGAAUAACCUCAAGCGUCUCCGUACCCGCCAUCCCCGCUACUUCUCCUCCAUCACCCUAUACCACCGCGCCCUCCGCGUCAUCUCGACCAAUCACUUCCAAGCUCCUGUCCGGCGUUUCAUCAUGGACCUGUUCGACCUCAAAAUCGAGCCCGAAACGCUCAUCCAGCUUCGGCAUAUCGAGGCCUCCUCAUCUACGCUUGGCGGUGGCCGUACUGUUCGCGUCAGCUCAACAGCCCUUGACAGUUCGGGGCAAUUCCUAGCUCACCUGGACGUUGUGGUCAUUCAGCCCAGCCAUCGAGAUCCGCCCAUCCUUGGUCAAGUACACGUGCGCGAACUCGGCGAGGUCACCGACCUGCUCUGCCGUCACUUAUACCAUCAGCUAUAA